GCAUUUCUUUUUCCUUCUUUUUUAUCAUAAAUUUUAAGAUUAUUAUUAUCAAUUUCAAUCAAAUAAAAUCUUUAAUACUCAUUUUAAAGCUUUAUAUGGCCAUUUUUCUCUUCAUAAAAAGCCAGAAGAAGGCUAUAAAUGCUCACAUACAGUAUACACAUGAUUACUUACCUGAAAAUGAUACACACACACACACAUACACAUGCACACAUAUACAUACCCGCGCACACACACACACACACACAUAUAUAUAUACAUAUUCGCACAUACACAUACGCAAGAUAGACACAGACAUACACAUAUAUACACACACACGGACAAACACGCAUAUAUCACAUAUAUAUGCACAUGCACACACAUAAACACAUACAAACAUUCUGACAUGCAUGUAUAUAAUACAUAUGGAUAUGCAUGCAUAUACACAUAUAUAUGCACACACACACACACACACACACACAUACGUACAGACGUACACAUACACAUAGAAAAGCUUAUCUAGUAAGCAAUAUAUAAUUUAUUAGAUUUUAAAAGGCCUUACAA